CUUGUGUUCACAAACAACCAUCCUCUCCCUUUAUCUGCCUGCCCCUUCUCUCUCUCCCCCUCUUCUCUCUCUCCCUCUUUAAAACUGAUCAUCAUCAAAUCCUAGAAAAGGGAAGAGUAGUCCACAAAUCCUCUUUUGCUCUUGUUUGUUCCCACAUAUCCUUCCAUUUACCAUAUCUCAUUCAUAUAUGUUCUCUCGGACACGACCCGACAUAUAAACCUUAGCUUGUUCUUUCGGAAUAUACAUAUAAUAUAUAAUAUAUAGUUUUUUGCUGCCUGCACUAUUGAUCAAUAUCAAGGUUGCACGGAGUUCAUCACUUAUCAAUUCCACACCAUGGCUUCUCCCUCAGAACUGAGCCUCGAAUGCAAGCCCCAUAGCUACUCCAUGCUCCUGAAAUCCUUUGGGGACCAACAAGCUGCUAUGCCCUCGGUGGACCCCGCACAGAAGCUCGAGGACUUCCUUGCCCGCCUCGAGGAGGAGCGCCUCAAGAUCGAUGCAUUCAAACGCGAGCUCCCCCUCUGCAUGCAGCUCCUCACCAACGCCUUAGAAGCUUCAAGGCAACAGCUACAAGCAUACAGAGCCAACCAAGGGCCACGGCCUGUUCUUGAAGAGUUCAUACCCUUAAAGAAAUCACCCUCCGAAGGCACCGAAAAGACAUCAAGCAAUCUCUCUGACAAGGCAAAUUGGAUGACUUCCGCUCAGUUAUGGAGCCAGGCAAGCGAUGGGACCAAGCAACAAACUGGCACAAUCACCUCGCCGCCAAAAGAAAUCGAUAUCGGUUUCAAUGUUAGCCCUAAACUGGCCCUGGACAAUAAACCAAGGAAUGGAGGUGCUUUCCUCCCAUUCUCUAAGGACCGUAACAUGAGCACGAACCCAACCUUCCAGGCCCUUCCUGAACUGGCCUUAGCUUCUAAUGAGAAGGAGAUGGAAGACAAGAAGUACACCGACACCGAGAAUGGAAUUCUAUGCCCCAGAAGAGAUAAUAAUAACAACAACACUAACUCCAUUAAGGGUGGCAAUAUCAUCAACGGAAUGGUAAUCGAGCAGGCAAAGGCAACUGGGAGCUCUCCCGAAGGGCAACCGGUGGUGUCCAAUACAGCUGCUAACACGACCAGUUCUACGAACCCUCAAACUCAUAGGAAGGCGAGAAGGUGUUGGUCACCAGACCUGCACCGCAGAUUCGUGAAUGCCCUUCAGAUGCUUGGCGGUUCUCAAGUGGCCACUCCAAAGCAAAUCAGGGAGCUGAUGAAGGUUGACGGUUUGACCAAUGAUGAAGUUAAAAGCCAUUUGCAGAAAUAUAGGCUUCACACUCGACGGCCAAGUCCUAGUCCACAAGCCACAGGUGCCGCGACCCCUCAGCUCGUAGUCCUUGGAGGCAUCUGGGUGCCACCCGAGUAUGCCACAGCAGCAGCAGCUGCGGCACAUGGCGGCAGUCCAGCCCUUUACGGCGCACAUCCAGCGUCUCACGCUCCCCCACACUACUGCACGCCCACUGUCCCUGCCCAGGAAUACUACACCAGUGCCGGCCCUCCACCGUCUACCCCUCACCACGAGAUCCACCAUCACCCUCUCCAUCACCAGAUCCACGUCUACAAGGCCACGUCCCAGACACACAGCUCGCCAGAGUCCGGGAUGAGGGGCACAGGAGACCAGUCAGAGAGCAUCGAGGAUGGAAAGUCCGAGAGCAGCAGCUGGAAGGGCGACACCAGCGGUGAGAAUGGUGGAGAUCAGAGGAAAGGAUUAAGCAACUUGAGAGAUGACAAUGAGGAGAGUAAUGGAAGUGAGAUUACUCUGAAAUUCUAAUUAACAUCAUCACUAUAUUUGCAUAUUAGGGCUAGAUAGGUUUUUUUCUUCUUUGUAGUAAAAUUUUGAGUUUUAUUUUCUUCGACAUUAUUAAUAUUCCAUUUGUAUGUCAAAUAUUAAUCUAGGGAGGGGUAAAACGGGCAUAAUGGAAAAGUGAGUGCUUGUAGUCAGGACAUGAUGUGCAUUGUCUCAUUGCAAGAAAAUCUGAAGAUUGGACUUAUAUGGCUUUUUGGCCUUUCCUUUGA